AUGCCUCUAUAUGUGAAAUUUUUGAAGGAGCUUAUUAACAAGAAGAGAAGUUGGCACGAGAAAGAAACUAUACUGCUCACUGAAGAAUGCAGGGCAUUAAUUCAGAAAGGGCUUCCACCCAAACUUGAAGAUCCUGGAAGUUUCCUUCUACCUUGUACCAUGGGCAGUAUGAUCAUCAACAAGGCAAUGUGUGACUUAGGGGCUAGUAUCAAUCCGAUGCCCUCAUCACUGGUGAGAAAACUGUGCAUAGAGGAAGUAAAGCCAAUACAAAUGUCUCUAGAAUUAGUAGACAAGUCAAUAACCUGUCCUAGGGGUGUGAUUGAAAACCUUCUAGUUAAGGUGGACAAAUUCAUAUUCCCUGUAGACUUUGUGUUCUUAGACUCAGAUGCGGAUGAAGGUGAUUCCGUCAUACUUGGAAGACCAUUCUUGGCCACUGCUAGGGCCAUUAUAGAUGUGGAGCAAGAAAAGCUAACCCUCAGAAUGCAUGAUGAAAGCAUCACUCUGAAUUUAUUUCCGGAAACACAAACCAUUAAUGAAAAGAAGAAUUGCAUGGAAAUUGACAAGGAAGACUUGCAAUGGAAGGAAGGAAUCAACAAGACAACCAGUAGUCACCUUCCAAAGCAAGAAACAGACAACACAGCAAGAAGAAAAGGGAAUGAGACAAUGCAGAGUGAUGAAGGAACUCAAAAAGAAAUUGAAGCGUUGACCACUAAGAAGGAGAAGCCCAAAACAAAGUCCACUGUAGUCAGAGAACUAUUCAAUGGAGGGGACAAGACAAAGAAAGGCAAUCUAUCAUGA